CAGAGGAGCCGAUACCGGAGAGGUUUAUCUCCAAAACACCAAACCCACUCGCGACAGCGGAUAACGCUCUUCUCCCUCACCUCGCUCCUCUCUCCCUUCCCUCCCCGCCAAUGGCGACCGCCAUUUCGUCCCUGAUUACCCCUCCGGCCCUCUACCUCCGCUGCCGAAGUACUGCUUCGGCCUCCGUCUCUGUCUCCGCCCGCCUCUCCUUCCGUGCAGUCGCCGCGCCGCAGGCCCGGGGCCUGGGGUUGGCGCUGCGGGUGGCCGCCUCCUCGGCAGUGCUCGAGGCGCCGGCGGAGGUGGCGGCGCGGAAGCUCUACGUCGGGAAUAUCCCCCGGACCGUCACCAACGACGAGCUCCGUGACAUGUUCGCCGCGCACGGCACCGUCGAGCGGGCCGAGGUUAUGUACGACAAGUACACCAAUCGGAGCCGGCGGUUUGGAUUUGUCACGAUGAGCACCGCAGAGGAGGCUAAUGCUGCAAUUGAGGCUCUCAAUGGGACUGAGGUUGGUGGUAGAAAAAUUAAAGUGAACGUCACAGAGAGUUUCUUGCCGAACAUUGAUCGAUCAGCACCAGAACCCGAGCCUGUAUUUGUGGAUAGUCAGUACAAAGUUUAUGUUGGUAACCUUGCGAAGUCUGUGACAACGGAAGUUCUUAAAAAUUUCUUCUCUGAGAAGGGCCAGAUCCUCAGCGCCACAGUUUCCCACAUUCCUGGGACUUCAAAAUCCAAAGGAUUCGGCUUCGUCACCUUUUCUUCUGAGGAAGAAGUUGAAGCUGCUGUUGCUACUUUCAAUAACGCGGAAUUGGAAGGGCAACCCAUUCGUGUGAAUAGAGCUUAGAUUAGCAGGAAUUUGCAGGAGCACCGAAGGCAGGGGGAAUAUCUCGGCGAAUACAUGUAGAAUGAGGGAUACUUGGAGGUUAGAUUUUGAUAACAGAGUGAUCAAGACCUUCAAUGUAAUUUCGAUCUGUCAAACAAUUUUCGUACCAUAACAGUGUAUGUGAAGGAUUUUUCUUGUCAAAGUCAUUGUUCAUAUGAUUACAGUUUUUCUUAUAGUCACUUCCACAUAAUUACAAAAAGGAAGCAUGGUUUUGUUUUUGUUA